CGAGGGCUCUCUCAGACUGAGGCCUCUCAUACUGAGGCCUUUCUCCCACAGGCCUCACACUGAGGCCUACUAACUUCUCCCACUGAGACCUGCUCACACCGAGGGCUCUCUCAGACUGAGGCCUACUAACUUCUCACACUGAGGCCUUCCUCAAACAGGGCUACUAAGCUACAGGCACACCUGGUUAUAUUGCUGAAUCAUUGUAUCCAUUUCUCCCUUUCAGUGCUUUGGAGUUCUGGGUUUUGGAAGACUAGAAUGCCUCCUUUUUGCCACGUCCUUGGUUUUAACAAACUCUUGCAGAUACUUUUCAAUGGUUGUAUUCCUUAAGAUGCCCUGAGUUUCAUGAUUGGGAGCAAGAUCACUAUACAACAACAACAACAUGAUGUCAUCGGAGCUUCCAAACCCGACACCACCGUUUAUAAUGCAUUUCUCCCCACUCGGGAGGAAAUCUGGAUUGUCAGCUACUAAAUGGAAGGAAGGAGGAAAAUAAUAACAACAAUAAGUCAAAACGACGGAUGGAAAACCAUUUUUUUCCCCUUUUCGGCUGAUUUGUUUGCAAAAAGCUUUUGCCGGGCUCCGGGGAAUAGCCAUCAACUUCGUCUUCCAUCGCUGAUGUCUUCCUCAAUUACUCAUCAUUGCCUUCCUUGUCAAUUGUCUGGACUCACUUUCAAGCAAAAGGAGAGAGCAAAAGACGGAGGGAGAAGCCCGCUUUCCUUCGCCUCCAGGCAACGCCUUCGAAGAGAAGCUCAGAAGAGCCGAAACAGUGGAGCCUUUGGGGCCUUCUCCCUGCCGGUUGGCCAUGUCGGGCAUCCUGGGAAAGAUGCGGAAGCUGGGCAGCUCGGAGCUGGAGGAGUCGGACGGCCCAGCGGAAGAGCACACGGAUGGAGAGGACUCGGCCUCUGGGACCCCCAACAGCACCCUGCGGGCCACCAAGCACAGCCUCUUUGCCCGGCGGGCCCGCUUUGGUAUCGGGGAUGGUGACAUGGCCCCCAUGGACUCCUUCUACCAGAUGGACCAGCUAGUCUCCAGCCCCGUCAUUAAGUUCAGCCUCAGCCUGGAAAGAGGGAAGUGCGGAAACCACUGCUCCAAGCUCCUGUCCACGGCUUCCAUUGGUGUCCGGGCUGAGAAGGCCUUCAAGAUCUACAACCGGCGGCGCCUCUUUGACGCAGUGGCCCAGGGUGACCCGAGUGACUUGGAUGACCUCUUCAUCUAUCUGAUGGAGACCAUGAAAAACCUGACCGAUGAUGAGUUCAAAGAACCGGAUACUGGGAAGACCUGCUUGCUGAAAGCCAUGCUCAACCUCCACAAUGGCUGGAACGACACCAUCCCGCUCUUGUUGGACAUUGCCGAGAAGACGGACAACCUGAAGGAGUUUGUGAAUGCCGAGUACACCGACGGCUACUACAAGGGUCAGACCGCCCUCCACAUUGCCAUUGAGAGGCGGAACUACUACUUGGUGGAGCUGCUGCUCAAGAAUGGAGCGGACGUCCAUGCCCGAGCCCAUGGAGAGUUCUUCCAGAAUAUCAAAGGGCGGCCAGGGUUUUAUUUUGGCGAGCUCCCUCUCUCUUUGGCCGCCUGCACCAAUCAGCUCAACAUCGCCAAGUACCUCCUGGAGAACCCUUACCAACCGGCCGACAUCGCUGCUCAGGACUCCAUGGGCAACACGGUCCUCCACGCCUUGGUGGAGAUCGCCGACAACACCGAGGACAACACCAAGUUUGUCACCAAUGUCUACAACGAAAUCCUCGUCUUGGGAGCCAGGAUCAACCCGACCCUCAAGCUGGAGGAGAUCCCCAACCGUAGGGGACUGACGCCGCUGACAUUAGCAGCCAAGACUGGGAAGAUACAGGUCUUUGCCUACAUCCUCCGGCGGGAGAUGAAGGCGCCCGAGUGCCGCCAUCUCUCUCGGAAGUUCACCGAAUGGGCUUACGGGCCCGUCCACUCCUCGCUCUACGACCUUUCCAGCAUCGACACUUGUGAGAAGAAUUCAGUCCUGGAGAUCAUUGCUUACAGCUCCGAGACACCAAAUCGCCACGAAAUGCUUCUGGUGGAGCCCCUCAACCAGCUCCUGCAGGACAGGUGGGACCGUUUUGUGAAGCACCUUUUCUAUUUCAACUUCUUCACCUACACCGCCCACAUCCUCAUCCUCACCUUUGCGGCCUACUUCAGGCCAACAAAAAAGGACGGGGUGCCUCCCUUCCCCUUGCGCCACACGACCAGUGAAUACUUCAGAGUUGCUGGGGAAAUCCUAAGCAUCUUGGGAGGAGUCUAUUUCUUUUUUAGAGGGCUCAAGUAUUUCAAGCAGCGGCGCCCAUCUCUGAAGGCCAUCUUUACGGACAGCUACAGCGAACUCCUUUUCUUCUUGCACUCGGUGCUGAUCCUCACUUCAGCAGUGCUUUACUUCAGCAGUCAAGAAGCCUACGUGAUCUUCAUGGUCUUUGCCUUGGCCCUGGGGUGGAUCAACCUGCUGUAUUACACCCGUGGUUUCCAGCAGAUGGGCGUCUACUCCGUCAUGCUAGAGAAGAUGAUGCUGAGCGAUCUCUUGCGCUUCAUUGUGGUCUUCCUACUGUUCCAUGUCGGUUUUUCAACAGCGGUAGUGACCCUCAUUGAGGAAGACGAUGAGAAGCCAGAGGGGCUGAACAGCACCUGCGCGCUGUGCGUGUGGCAGGUCAAGCGCCGGCCCUCCUACAACAACUUCUACUCCACCUGCCUGGAGCUCUUCAAGUUCACUAUCGGGAUGGGCGACCUGGAGUUCACCGAGAACUACCGCUUCAAGUACGUCUUCAUCAGCCUGCUCAUCGUCUACGUCAUCCUCACCUACAUCCUCCUGCUCAACAUGCUCAUCGCCCUCAUGGGCGAGACCGUCAACAAGAUCGCCCAGGAGAGCAAGAGCAUCUGGAAGCUCCAGAGAGCCAUCACCAUCUUGAACAUUGAGAACAGCUACUGGAAUUGCAUCAUCAACCCCUUCCGGUCCGGGAAGCAGGUUUUGGUGGGAACGACCCCAGAUGGCAAGGACGAUUAUCGCUGGUGCUUCAGAGUCGACGAGGUGAACUGGUCCACCUGGAACACCAACCUGGGCAUCAUCAACGAGGAUCCGGGCGGCUGCAAUGAGGACCUGAAACGCAACCUGAGCUUCUCUCUGAAGCCGGGCAGAGUUUCAGGGAAGAACUGGAGGACGCUGGUCCCGAUCCUGCGGGACGGGAAACGAGAAGGCUCCCUGAAGCCCAUUUCAGAAGAUGGCGCCGAUUCGGAAGGGCAGCAGGAGAUCCGGAAGAAGUCGCUCCCCAAUCCUGUCCUAUAGAGGAAGAAGCCACUGACAGAUUUCGGGAAUCCCAAAACGCCUUCUGUGUUGUGAGCCGUAUUACACAAAAUCGUCUAUUCUUGUUGGGUCUCGGUCUAUGAUGUUGCUCACGGUGGUGCUUCCCUUCUUGACGUAUUGCUCACUGCUUUGUUAAGCUCUGGGUUUCUUAAAAAAUGAAAUUAAUAGUGCAACAGUAGACCAUAAAUAAUGUUUCCAUAAUUGGAAAUGGGACGAUACUAAUAACAUAAGGCCUUUUCGGAAUUUAAUAACAACGUCAUAUAGGCAGACGUUAUUACGCCUUUCAAGUAUUUAAAGAGGCAUCUUUGGUGGCUGUGAGCACAAUUAAUCUAUCUAUACAAAUAAUAAAAGUGAAAAUAUGUAUGUGUGUGUGUGGCUGGGGUGUUCACUUACACAGACAAACUCCAACUAUAUCUCCCACUACUCAGUAACACCAAAGGCCCUCCCUCCAAUGACAAUGCAGAUUAUAGUGAGCGUUGUAAACAUAACCAAAAGCCCUGCCAAUGUCCUCCACAAAUGCCAUCCACCCAAGUGAAGGCUUUCCUAUGGGGACCAUUCCACCCUAGAUUUUAUGUGUUUCCUCCACCACGGACAUCCCAGUGUUUCUGACUCCCUCCAUUGGUGUGGAAUUUGCAUGAUCCUGACCACUGCCACUCCCUUA